AUGAUCUACCAAACACUGUUAAGACAUCGAGAGUUGCCUGUUAUGCCGAUGAUACUAAGAAUUUCAAGAGCAUCGAUUCCAUCACAGACUGUUAUGCCUUGCAAUCUGAUCGCAACGAGCUUGUCAGUUGGUCUGAAUCAUCUGGGCUCAUAUUCAAUCAGUCCAAGUGUGAAAACCAGUGUAUCACCCGCAAAAAAUCACCUGUACAGCCCACCUAAAUUAUCAACGAGACGCCUUUGGAAUCUUGCGAUACAGAGAAAGACCUUGGUGUGUGGGUGUCAAGCAAUCUUGUCUCGGACAAACAAGCCACUGAACAGUGUGCGAAAGCCACCAAACUCCUCGGCUUUGUUCGCCGAGCUUCUAGGUACAUCCAAAGCACCCAAGUACGUCGUACACUUUAUCUUUCUAUCGUCCGGUGCCAUCUCGGCUAUGCAACCCAAGUAUGGUCGCCAGAGUCCAUUAGCUUACUAAAGCGAGUUGAAAACGUGCAGCUCCGUGCAACAAAACUAAUUUUGAAGCUUCUCUUCCGUUGCGAUGUAACCUAUAAGACCCGCCUCCAAGUAAUAAAUCUGUUACCUAUCUCAUACUGGCAUGAAUUUUUGGAUAUAGUCUUUUUCUAUAAAGCUGUUGAUAACUUAGUUCUCAUAGAUAGUGAAGCUCUGCCUGCAACUAGACAAUCAACGAGAUCUACCAGGUCAUCGAGCACCAAUGCUAUUACUUAUAUCCCUAAGCGAAGUAGAACUGUUACUUAUCAACGCUCAUUUUUCAUACGCGCGUGCCGCACAUGGAAUGUUCUGCCUGUUGAGUUACGCGCAAGUCACAUCUCUCUAGCCUCAUUUAAGCGUUCACUAUUUCAAUAUUACAAUAACGCGCUGGACCUGUACGACGUUGACGACAUCAGAACCUGGAGAACAAUCUGUCCC